ACAGAGAAUGCUGAGAACAUUCAGCCUUUAAUGAAUUCUCUUAAUGUCAACCUUAGACAGUUGGAAGAAGAGAAGGCAAAUAUUGAUGGUGAAUUAAAUGAUCUGCGCAGAGAAAGGGAGAACUUGCUAAAAGAAAGAAAAGGUAUAGCAGACCGCAUUGCUCAAUUUGAAAAUCUGAUGAAUAUGAAGGAAGAAAAGCUGAGAGGGAGAUUCCGAGAUACACAUGAUGCUCUUAUGUGGCUAAGACAGAAUAGAGGGCAAUUUAAAAGAAGCGUCUGUGACCCUGUGUUGCUUUCAAUCAAUAUGAAAGAUAAUAAACACGCUAAAUAUGUAGAAAAUCACAUUUCUGCUAAUGACAUGAAGGCCUUUGUCUUUGAAAUGAAGGAAGAUAUGGAAAUAUUUUUAAAAGAGGUAAAAGUCUGUUCACAUGAUUAGAAACUGGUGGUGUAGGAGACUUAAUAAUAAGUAGGCUCUGUGGCAUCCAGCACCAUGUGUCAUUACUGGCAUUAUAAUAGCACUAAGAAUACUUAAUUAAAUAGCAUUCCCACCUAUGCAAUAUAAUUAU